AUAGUUAAACGUUCGAUACAACUCUGUCAAAAAAAGUGCUGCCAAGUCUUUGGGAAACGAUGGUGGCCAUCUUCCUUUCUAAAGAAUCGCGUUCGCACAGCAGACGUGUUUAAAACCUUUUUGAGUGGUUUAAAAGCUCCGUCAAAAUGUCGACAGGUACAACUGCUACAAUCCGCACCCGCAAGUUCAUGACCAACCGUCUGCUUGCCAGGAAACAAAUGGUCUGCGAUGUGCUCCACCCGGGACUCUCGUCGGUCAACAAGACGGAGAUUCGCGAGAAGCUCGCCGCCAUGUACAAGGUGACACCCGAUGUUGUCUUUGCAUUCGGUUUCCGCACAAACUUUGGCGGUGGCCGUUCCACGGGCUUUGCUCUCAUCUACGACACCCUGGACUUUGCCAAGAAGUUCGAGCCCAAAUACCGUCUGGCUCGCCACGGCCUCUUCGAACAGAAGAAGCAGACACGCAAGCAGCGCAAGGAACGUCGCAACAGAAUGAAGAAGGUCCGUGGUACCGCCAAGGCCAAGAUCGGUACCGGCAAGAAGUAAAGCAAUCCGCUAGCAUCAUAUGAUUGUGUGUGUGUGUGUUUCUGGUGGCGCGCACCGACAAUUCCCAAUUUAGCUGCUGGUUAUGCGUUAGUCUAACUUUUAUAAAUUCAACGACAACAGUAAAAUCAGUUGUUUACUUUUUGGAGCGGCUAUUGUUUUAUAUGCUUAAGAAAAUAAAACUCUAAAAGUAAA